GCUUUGAAUAUUGUGGUGUGCUGGAAGUUUGCCAUAUUUCUUGCCACUCUAGAUGUUUUUUGUAAAUGUGGAAAUAGUAAUGACUUGCUUUUCACUCUGACAUCAACUGUGAGACCUGUAUGCACUGUAUGUUUUUCCCCCAUUGCUAAUUAGGUCCAGUUGUAACAUUGCACUGUUAUCUUGACCAUCUUUGCAUUCAACUAUAUGGUUGAUUUCAAAGCGUUAAAUGCCUCAAAUUUAUGUCUGAACUGAUACAUUUCACAAUCACACAUAUACAUUUCACAAUAACACUAAGAUUAAGAUAAAUUAUUAUCAGACUAACACAGAAAGACAAAAUUGUUCAGGUUCCCCUGUGAUCUUGCCCAAGCUACUAAAGCAAUGUCCCACCAUUAAACAGCCUAGUGUACUGGUCAAUGUUGUUGUAAAUUGUAAUUUGGAAAUGUAUUUAAGAUUCUUGUGAUAUUGAAGACCUUGUUUAAGUUAAGUUAUAGACUAUGCUUGACAUUUACUACCUAUGGCAAGUUGCAUUGCAAGUUAGCUCUCGGGUAGUAAAAGUCAAAGUGUGCCGUCUUAAUGUCACAGUAUCCACUCGAAGGCAAAGGACAAAAGUGUGUUGAGCAAAAAGUUUGCAUUUCCGAUUUCUUCGUCCCCGCAAGAGUUUAACAGGUGCGAUAAUUCAAAAAUCCCCAUGUUAUUUUCCCAUAGGAAAAAUCUCAAGAUACCAGAUAUCCUUAUAUGGACAAAGAUGGUAGCUUUUUUGUAGGUGAACUUCAGAGGUCUAUUGGGGAAAAUCAACACUGCUGAAAUGGCAAAUAUAGUUUUAUAUAAACAUAAAUAAAGCAAAAGGCUAUUUGCCAAAGCAAGUUGCUCAAUAUUUCAAUUGAAUUUUACUUUGUCAUAACUUUUACAAGCUUUCAGCAGAAGAGCUGUGCAUACUCACAGACACAAUGCUACCAGCGUAUUAUAAAUGUUGUCUUUUUACUGAAAGGUGCUACAGAUCUGAAGCACUGUGUUGGUUGGCUGAGAUUGCUUAUGGUCUGAGCCACUAUUAUUUGUGUGCCAUUUACAUGUACAGAGGCAGAACUGUGCAUGGACACCAGAGGUCACUAAAUGAACACCUAGAGGACCGUGAGGAGCAAUUUGCAAUUAGACAAAAAGUGUAUGGUGUCACAGUUGUCACAACUCUAAAUGCUAGAAGAUUUCCACAGAACAAGUACUUGGAAAGAGAAACUAAAAAAAUGUUAACAGUGGGAUCCUCAUUGGAUGUUUUUGUAGAUGUGUGUGUCCCUUUGCCAGAGCCCACCCUUUGGUAGAGUGCUAUGUCUCUAUUUCAAGUGCUGUCUAGCCGCAUCAUGGUAUUAAACUAAUCCACUUAAAGAUUGUUAUCUUAAUUAAGCAACUUGAAGAAAUGCUCUUAGUUUACCUUAAGAGGAAGAAGAGCGCAGAAGCCGGAGUGUGUAAUCUGAAGUAACCCAUGUGUCCAGCAGUAGUGUCUGUGUGUGCACAGCCUCUUCCACCACUCAAAUGGAGUUGUUGACAUGUCUCUUGUCAUGGUCUCUGGAUAUGUUGGUAUCGCUUAAAAUACAUCAUUUGUGUUAAUUACAUGAAAAAAUGGGGAGAUACAAAGCUGACAAGACCAUUUGCUGACAGAAAAGCUGCUGUUAUCAGGAGGAGAAAUGGGAUGUGGUGUAACAAAAUCAAGUGAAUUCUGCAGUAAAAAAGAUGAAAAAGAUGUGCCAUUGAUUGCAGUCCCAGCGGCCACAUCUAUGAGAGCAGCAGUACUGAUACAGCGCUGGUAUAGGCAGUAUGUGGCACGGAUGGAGAUGCGACGUCGAUAUACAUGGAAUAUUUUCCAAUCUAUGGAAUAUGCAGGAGAACAGGACCAGAUCAAGCUCUAUAACUUCCUUGGUUAUCUCGUGGACAACUUCACACCAUCAAGUACAGAGAGAAACCUAAUUUCCCAUAUCUUCAGAGAAAAUGAAGUUUGUCGUGAUGUUGAAUGGGAGAGGUAUUUCUCCUAUGAGAACAUUGAUGUACCUGAUAUUUACUCUGGCCCACGGCUCACCUUCCCCCUCUCUGUCAGUCAGGUAGCAGACCUUGUUGAAGCCUUCAAAAACAAGCAACAACUUCACUCUCGCUAUGUUCUUCAACUUCUUCUUGAUACUUGGAAACUUCUCAGAAUAUUGCCAAAUAUAAACCGAGUGUCAACCUGUCAAAGCAAGGAGAUCACAAUUUGUGGUGACUUACAUGGGCAAUUGGAGGACUUGUUGUUGAUAUUUUACAAGAAUGGCAUGCCUUCCCUGGACACACCAUAUGUUUUUAAUGGAGACUUUGUGGAUAGAGGCAAGGACUCUAUUGAGAUUCUUCUCAUCCUCUUUGCCUUUUUGCUUGUGUAUCCUGGUGAUGUGCACCUCAAUCGAGGGAACCACGAAGACCAUAUAAUCAACCUAAGAUAUGGAUUCACAAAAGAGGUACUUGGAAAGUACAAGCUUCAUGGCAAAAGAAUUUUGAAACUUCUUCAGAAGAUUUUCAGCUGGCUACCCUUGGCGACAGUAAUUGAUCAGAGAGUACUGAUUGUUCAUGGAGGUAUCUCUGAUACCACUGACCUGGCAUUAAUCACAAGAAUUGACAGACACAAAUAUGUGUCAGCUCUAAGGCCUCCAAAGAAAAAGACAACUCUGUCAGGUGGACAGUCAUCCAUGGACUCAGAGUUCGACAACGAUUCUAUUUCAAACAUGAGUAUGCAAAAUAAGAGACGUGCCUCAGUGACAUUCAGCAAAACCUUUGGCCCUCGCGAUAGUUUUCAGCGACGGUCACUUCAGGAUUUCUCUGGCAUAGUGAACCGAACAGUGGAAGAGGAGCAGGAGGUCAGACGGAGGCAGGGGGCAUUCCUCCAAACUGGAUACAGUUGCUCUCAUCGGGACCUGAAGCCCUCCUUCCCCUCGGAAUCAGACUCAGACUCCACAGAUGCCCCUGAUGUCAGUAAUGAGGAGUGGAAACAGAUUCUGGACCUGCUGUGGAGUGAUCCAAUGUCUCAGGAUGGCUGUUUCCCCAAUGAGCUGCGAGGUGGAGGUUGCUACUGGGGGCCAAAUGUGACUGAGGAAUUUCUGAACAGACACAACCUCCAGCUAAUCAUCCGUUCUCAUGAGUGCAAACAGGAGGGCUACGAAUUCUGCCACAACCGCAAGGUGCUUACACUUUUCUCUGCAUCCAACUACUAUGAGGUUGGCAGUAACCGUGGAGCCUACAUAAGACUGGGUCCAGACCUAGUGCCUUAUCUCAUUCAAUACCAAGCUAGUGAUAUGACACGCGAACUUACCCUCAAGCAAAGUGUGGGUCGAACAGAACGCUCAGCUCUCAAAGCCCUGCGAGAGCAACUGUUUGUACAUAAAACUGACCUCCUCAGAGCCUUUAAAGAAUACGACGAAGACAACACAGGCCUCAUCUCCUUGAAUAACUGGGCCAAAGCAGUAGGAACGGUGUUGCACCUGGACUUACCCUGGAGGAUGCUUCGUUCUCAACUGGUCACUCUGACUCCAAACAACAUGCUUGACUAUCACAGCUGGUUCAAGGAGCUUUCCAUAAAAGACCCAAAUGUAGAGCGUGUAGAGCAGACUGUUUUGGAGACUCUCUACAAGCAUCGAUCCACUUUGGAGACGAUAUUUAGGAUCGUUGACACUGACAAUUCAGGACUGAUUUCUUUUGAGGACUUCCGACAGACAUGGAGGCUACUUAGUGCCUAUCUAAAAAUGGAGAUUUCAGACGAGGCUAUUUCAGAUUUACUGAUAAGCAUUGAUACCAACAAUGAUGGCAGUAUUGACAUUGAGGAGUUCAUGGAAGCUUUUCGUUUCGUUGAUCGAAAUCGACUGGAACGUGGACGCAGUAUAUUCAACCCCAAAGACAUGUCCUGACCUAAGCAGAAAGGACCAUGGAUAGUUUUCUCAAUUAUAAAAUAUAAAAGUGUAAAGAAAGCCAGAAAAGUCAUUCAGCAAAGCCAGAGAGUUUUUCCAUAAUGAUUUCCACUAUCAGAGGAAAAUAUUGAUUUUAAGUAUUAGGCAAUAGGCUAAUACUGUGUGACCAUGAUAUAUUUUUGUAUUUAGAAUUUAGAAAGAUAUUUUGUGAAAACUAUGAUAUUGAUCUCCAAUAAUGCUGAAUGAGGGAAAUCAAACUUGAAGUUAACUUAGAAAAAUGCUGUACUGUAAUUUAUUUUUGUCUUAUUUUGUACUUAAUAAACACAUUUAAAUAUUUUGGGCUUGAUAAAAUGUUGGAGUUAUAAAAUGCAACGAUAACUUGUAACAAUUGUUUUUGAGUUUUGUGUAGACUAGAGGCUAUUGUGCAAUACAAUUGCCCACAGCAUGUACAGUAAUAUUAAUAUGAAUAGCCAGAUUAUUGACAUUAUCAUUGUACUCCUACCUGUCAGCUAGUUCAGCUUUCUUUCUGCCUUUCAACUAUUUCACAUAAGUAGACUUGUGUUUGGGGUAAAAACACGGUCUUCAGUAAGUACACGGUAUUCAGUAAGUACACUACGCAAUUUUUGGGUAAAUCGGGUUUUAUAGAUCCCAAAAUUACCAAAAAUAUCACAACAUUCAAUACAUUUGUAUUAGUUAAUAGUUAAUAAAACUAAAAGUUAUCUAAAACA